AUGGAGGGAGGCGAAGCCGAGUCUGCGCUGGGCUGGGCGGUGGGCGAGGGCGCCGGGGAGGGCGAGCAGCAGGAGAAGCUGCGCGGCGCUGGCUCCCGGCCGCCCGCUCCCCGCUCGCGGCCGCCUGCCUUCUGCGGAGACGCCGCCGGUGCCGACCACGUGCAGGAGCCCGAGCCCGGGAGGGGAGGGCGGGCCGCCUGGAGGGGGUGGGCAAUUCCGCCCAGCUUCCGGACCCUAUAUAAACAAACCCUGAUGCGAGGAAGAAGAGGAGGGCGAAGGCGCUGCACGACGUGGGCUGGCAGCGGACAGUCUCCGCGGAGCCUGUCUUUCUCGGCCGGGGCCUUUCGGGGCAACCUCAGACCGGCAGAGCUACCACCUCUCCCACUCAUCUCACCCAAAAGGCGCCAGGCCAGAGACUCUGGAGAAAAAGUCGCCGGCGCCCGCGGGUUUACCCCGAUUCUUCCAUGGUGCCGGCGGGAGCACAGCGAGCCCGUACACGGAGGCGGCGGUGGCCCUGGGAGAUGGAGGCGAACCGAGGCUGGGCAGGUCCUGCCGAGAGGGGCUUCUCGGGCACGUGUCCCGCCGCUCAGGCCAGAUACACAAGCGCCUCUGAGCGCACACGCGUGAACCUGGAUAGUCUCUCCAAGAGACCUCCGUGCCUAGCAGCGUGCAUUAGAUACUCUUGGAAUCCAGAGCUCAUAACUCCUGAAGGAAUGGGGACUGAGCUGAGGCGACAGGCAUGCAUGCAGUGCCCCCUUGUAUCAGCUCUGUCUAGAACCAAAAAGCGCCAGGGCCAUCUCUUUGUUACAAACUAGAUACGAUGCCCACAUACUUGGGAUAGAUGAGAUGGUGGGCCCCAGAACGGUAUUUUGGUAUUUUCUCUCUCUCUUCUUUUCUUCUUUUCAUCUCUUGCUCGCUUGCUCCUUAUUCUCCUACCCCUCCCUCUGCCUCCCACUUCUACUCUCUCUAUCCAUGGCUCACUUGAGAACAACACGGAUGUGAGUGUGAAGAGUUAUGCCUUCAACUCCUCACGCUAUGAUUUUAAAAAUGUAUUUCAACAAUAUAUAUUGGCUGUAUGACUGCAUGAAUAAAGCUUUGUGCUACAA